CUCUAAAGCUCUUCCCUUUGUUUUUAUUGACGUAAUUCUCCACUUCCUCAUAUAAGCCUUCACCCAAAAAAACACCUUUAAUUCCUUUAGUUGCUCUAAAACAAAACAAAAAACUAAAGAGGGAAGAGAUCAUCAGAAAAAGAUCAAAUAUGGUGUUUUCUUCAUUUCCUACUUAUCCUGAUUCAUCAAACUGGCAACAACAACACCAAACAAUCACAGCCACCGUUGGAUUCACGGGAGACAACAACAUCAGCCAGCAGUUCCUCCCUCACCAUCCCCUCCCACCGCAACCGCAACAAACACCUCCUCCCCUUCACAACAACGGUAACGGUGGAGGCGGUGGUGGUCCCGGGGGGCCUGGCGGAUCAAUACGGCCAGGUUCGAUGGCUGAAAGGGCAAGACUAGCCAACAUACCACUGCCUGAAACAGCCUUGAAGUGUCCAAGAUGUGACUCAAACAACACCAAAUUCUGUUACUUCAACAACUACAGUCUAACUCAACCUCGCCACUUCUGCAAAUCAUGCCGCCGUUACUGGACACGUGGCGGCGCUCUAAGGAGCGUUCCUGUUGGUGGUGGUUGCCGUAGAAACAAAAGAACCAAAAACAGCAGCGGUGGCGGUGGCGGUGGUAGCAGCAGUAGCGGUAACAGUAAGUCACAAGACAGCACCACAAGCAACGACCAAUACCACCACCGAGCCAUGGCUAAUAAUCAGAUGGGACCACCACCUUCUUCGACUUCUCUCAGCUCGUUGCUAUCUUCUUACAACGCCGGAUUGAUCCCCGGACAUGAUCAUAGCAGCAAUAACAGCAACAUACUUGGACUUGGAUCAUCUUUGCCUCCUCUCAAGCUCAUGCCUCCUUUAGACUUCACUGACAACUUCACCUUACAGUACGGUACCGUUUCAGCUCCUUCUUUUCAUGUCGGCGGUGGAAGCAGCGGAGGAGGAGGACCCUCAGCUCUUGUGACCGGUUUUGACCAAUGGAGAUUCCCGGCACCACCUCAACACCAACUUCCUUUGCUAGGUGGUGUAGACAGUUCAUCAUCUUCCGGGUUUUAUCCGGUUGAUCAGCAAAAUCCGGAUUACGGAUUAGUCACCGGGUCGGGUCAGUACCGACCUAAGAACAUCUUUCAUAACCUUGUUUCCUCUUUCUCUUCUUCUUCUGCUUCAUCAGCUAUGGUUACGGCCACUGCGUCGCAAUUAGCUUCAGUGAAAAUGGAAGAUAGUAACAAUCAACUCAACAUGUCUAGACAACUUUUUGGAAACGAACAACAGCUUUGGAAUAUUCAUGGGACUGCAGCAUCAACUAGUUCCUGGAGUGAUGUCUCUAAUAACUUCAGUUCUUCUUCUACUAGCAAUAUAUAAUCAAUCCCCUAUAAAGAUCGAAUCUAUGUGAUGACGAGACUUUUUUUUACUGGGUGUGCUAUGAUCUUAUGUACUUAAUUAGCUGGAAGUUAGUACAUCGAUGCAUCUUGUAGGUCUUUUAUUACAUUACAAACUACUAGUUUUGGGUUUUGUUUUGAUAUUGGGAUACUCUUGGUUGUUAUUUUUUCUGGAUUAAAUUAGGGUUUUUUAUUGUAAGUUUCAUCGUAAGUAUGAGGAUAUGAUCAUACAUGCGAGUAUAGUACGGUGUUUGUAUGAGUUAAGUAUGUUCUAUCAAUGUACUUUACUAUUUUAAUAUAUUGAAUGUGGUUC